AUGCUCCAAACACAUUUCAACUAUUUAGUGGACAACAAAUACAACAAUCACGUUUUUGUAAGCGUGAAAACGGGUGCUGGGAAGUCUAUAUGUUACCAGGCUUUCCAUACGAUGUGGAUAAAGGAGAAUCCAGACAGUCAAUGCACAGUCCUCAUGGUAUGCCCUCUGAUAAGAAUCAUGAAAGAGCAGACCGAUUACUUGACUGGCCUCGGGUUUUCGGCAACUUAUAUCUGCAGGGAUGUGGAAGAAGGUGACGGUAUUAAACGAAGGGAUUACGACUUUAUCUUCUCAUCGCCGGAAGCUGUUGUUGGGAAUCCUGAGUGGAGGUCGAUGCUUCUUGGUCCUGCAGGAGAGCGUGUUCGUCUUCUGGUUAUCGACGAGGCUCAUACUGUUCUACACUGCUAA